UUGAUUGUGGUCGUAAUAAGCACUCGUUUCUGGCGCUCGUCUCUCUUCAUAUUUAUAAUCUGUAGUGCAGCCCGAGACAUUCAGUUAGUCGUUGACCGUUCACUGAGUCGGUAGAUCGGGCUGUUAUUUUAUAAAUCCUUUAUAAAGAAAUUAAUACAAAAGGAUCAACAUUUUAGUUAAAAAGUUUAUAAAGAAACACGUGUGAUUUGAGAAAUUGUGCCAAGAAAAUAUAUUAUUGUGCUUCUUUCUAUACAGAAUUUGAAUAAAGGGUUACAUUAGCGGUGUGCAAAGAGAGCUUUUUUGGACUUUGAAGCUUUAAAUAUAUAAACGUGCAUUUUCUGAGAAUGCACAAGCUAAUUAUUAUGAGUGAUAUUUCUUGAUGAAGCUAUUUUCGAACCUGUUGCAGUGUACAGAGCUUAAUUCUUCCUAAUUUAUAAUCCACAUAAUAUGCAAGAGUACAGUGAAAGAGGCGAAUGAAGUGAAAAAAAAAAAACGUGAAAAUUCGCUAUCGGAAAAACACUGUGAUACAUUCAAGGAGGAAAAAUAUAAACACAUAAAUUCUUCUAUUUUAUUUACUGAAAUAAACACAAAGGCUAAAAUAAAUUAGUGCAAUUCUUAUAAAUUAAAGAAAUUUCUACAACAAAAGCAUAACUCAGAGUACUACCAUGACUGGGCAGGAGACCUCAGCAUUGGUAAACAAUAGCAAGACACCCAGUAUCGUUGCGUCAAAGAAUGGUUAUACAAAUGCUUCGGCAGUGGAGUCACAGACAACCAAGCAGAACCGGGGGAAGCCUUUGAGGCAAAUUCUGGCGGCUUUUAUCGGCAAUAUUGGUACAAUUAAUACUGGAUUCGCCUUUGGGUUUAGUGCUGUUGUCAUACCACAGCUAAAAGCUCCUGAUUCAGUUUUGCCAAUUGAUGAGAGUCAAGCAUCAUGGGUCGCUUCACUCUCAUCUGCAAGUACUCCUGUGGGAUGCAUUCUCAGUGGAUAUCUAAUGGAUAGGUGGGGUAGGAAAAAGACUCUCAUCGUUACGGAAGUGCCCUUAAUACUCGGAUGGCUGAUGAUAGCUUUUGCAACAGACAUCUACAUGAUAUACAUUGGAAGGCUUUUAGUUGGUUUGGGAAGUGGAAUGGUUGGGGCACCAGCACGAGUUUACACAUCUGAAGUUACUCAGCCACAUCUGCGAGGCAUGCUAACAGCUCUAGCCUCCAUUGGCAUUAGUUUGGGUGUUUUAAUUCAAUAUACAUUGGGAUCCUUUGUUAGAUGGCAAGUUUUGGCGGGAGUCUCGACGAUAGUACCAAUUCUUGCUCUAGGAUUGAUGAUAUUUAUGCCAGAAACUCCAAACUUUCUCAUUGGAAAACAAAAACCCGAAAAGGCAACCAAGAGUUUGGCAAAGUUGCGCGGUUCAACGUAUGAUGUUGAGGGCGAGGUGGAUCAAUUGCAAAAUUUUGCCAAUAAAAAUCAUACAAAUGUUAAAAUGACAACAAAGGAAACUCUUGCGGCUAUUAUGAGCCCAUCUGCUCUUAAGCCUUUCGGCAUACUCUUUCUCUACUUUAUGAUGUACCAAUUUAGCGGUGUCAACACAAUCACAUUCUACGCUGUGGAAAUCUUUCAGGACUCUGGUACACAGAUGGAUAAGAAUAUGUGCACAAUUGUUCUUGGUGUUGUGCGACUAGCAUUCACUAUAAUUGCAUGUAUAGCACUACGGAGAUGCGGUCGACGCCCCCUUACAUUUAUUUCCGGAAUCGGUUGCGGCGUUAGCAUGAUUGGGCUUGGAGUUUAUCUCUACUAUAAAUAUCAGUGGGAUCACGCUGAUCCACCUAUCGAGCCUGUUAAUACGUGGUUCCCUGUCGCGUGCAUAUUUGUUUUCACAAUAACAUGCACUCUGGGCUUCCUCGUGGUGCCAUGGGUUAUGAUUGGGGAGCUGUAUCCGCAGAGAGUUCGCGGUAUCAUUGGUGGAAUGACAACGUGUUCAGCUCACAUAUUUGUCUUUAUUGUCGUGAAGACAUACCCCUUCCUCGCAUCUGUACUUUAUCAGCAUGGCACUUUUAUGCUAUACGGAUGUAUAUCACUUACAGGAUGUAUAUUUUUCUACAAAUGUCUUCCGGAAACAAAAGGCAAGAGCCUUCAAGAAAUUGAAGACUACUUCUCUGGUAGGAUUAAGACACUUAAAACAAAGAAGGGGGCAACGGCUCUACCAAAUUAUGACAACAAUCUCAACAAUACAAAACCACCAACAAUCACCGUGGAGAAGGAUAAGUUGUUGUCUUCGUGAAAGUGCCUUUAAAAGUGCUAUAUACUUAUCAUUCAAAUUCGUUAAAUUGCGUUGAUUGUGUCUAAGUGAUAUUUAUAAUUAUGUAUAUAAAUGCUGAUAUAGUUUUUAUAUCCAUUACCAAUUUAGAAUUUAUAAUGUUUAAUAUAGGUAGUUAGAUGAAUCAAUUUUUUAGGAAAUUUAAAAAAAUACCUCAGUGAAAGAAAUAAAUAAAUUAUGAUUGUGAUAAGUUUCACUAUAAUAAUGAUAAAAGGUUAAAGACAAUGUAUUUUGAGGAAAAAAAGAAAAGAGAGCGUCCUAAAUAAAAAAUAAUAAUGAUAGGCAAAUUCUUAUGUCAUUACAUAUAGUCAGAAAGCAGUAUUUUUGAUAUUUCAUUUUACUGUUGUUUUGUAAAACUACUUCUAAAGAGUAUGUGACAAAGCAAAAGAGGAAAAAAUAAAAAUCAAACUGAAUUGUGCA